AUUCUUGAGGCGAGUGCACGCACAGGAAGGGGCGGGGCUUGUGCUGUGCCUGCGCAGUAAGUGUUGGACAGUUGUGCCCGGGUAUCUGGGUCUCAGUUGCACGGUUCGGAAGUGACAGUGUGCCGGUACCGCUGGGCCCCUAUACGCACUCACAUCUGCUCAUUGCAGGUUAGCCAGCUUGUUGGGGAUUAUUAUGGCAUCCAUCAUGAACAACAUUAUGAUAGCCUCCUUCAUUCUCUGGGCGCUGUAUACAGAAUGUCUCUCAGUUAGAUUUAAAGUCUCAUCAAUACCAUCAGUAUCUGUGGCGCUUGGGUCUGAUGUGGUGUUGCCUUGUACUCUGACCCCUGAGAAGAAUGGGGAGGAGAUGGAAAUCCGUUGGUUUAAAAAGAUAUACCAGCCGUAUGCUCAUCUUUAUAUGAAUGGGAAAGACGAUUACACAGCCCAGAUGCCACAGUUUGCUAACAGAACAGAACUGCUAAAAGAGAACAUCACUAGGGGAAUUUUCCCUUUAAAGAUCCAUAAAGUCACAGCUCAGGAUUCUGGGGAAUAUCAUUGCUAUGUGGAGUCCAGUCACCAUCACAGCAUGGCAGCAGUACAGCUACAGGUUACUGCUGUUGGAACUGUGCCGGUUAUUUCAUCAAUUACCGAUGGAGCUGUUUCUUGUGAGUCCCGUGAUUGGCAUCCAAAACCUUCGCUGUCGUGGACUGAUAACGAAGGAAACAAAAUAAACUCCUCUAUGAUGAAAGUGUUGAGAGAUGAGAAUAAUUUAUAUUAUAUUAUCAGUAUUAUCCAGCAACCAAGUGCUUCAAACAUCACUUGCACUGUCUCCAAUUCUAUAAACCACAGCAAUGAUUCCAGGCAGAUCAGAGGACUGGAACAUUCACAAACCUCAAGGAAUACUCACAGUCGUGUUUAUGUAAUCGGUGCCGGCAUUAUAUUGAUUUUCUUUGGGUGCAUUUGCUUUCUAUUGAGGAGUCUGGGAGAUAUUUGGGAUAAACAUGGAGACCUUCAGAGGAAAUACGGAGAUAUUUGGGAUAAACAUGGAGCCCUUCAGAGGAAAUACAAAGCGCUUCUGGCGACACAGCCCAAGCCGGCAAAUGGAACCCCACACACAGAAGCUUCUUAUUCUCCAGUCUGACCUGCUGGUUGAUCCAGGGGAUGUUGACUGCCCCCUUUAUCUGAAGCCUUUGCCACUUUGCCUCACAGGGGGAAAACAUCUUCCAAGGUUUCAACCGUGCCAGUCUCUGCAUCAACUUUAUAUGAAGAUUUCACUUCAGUAACCCUGUAUUCAGGGGCAAUUCUGCCCCAACCACUGCCCUUAUGUGGCCUACCUGAUGCUGCCCCCUUGUAACCUUACCAACAGUGCUAUUGCAGCUGAACUCUCUGCACUUGAAAAGCCAAAAUUCUGCUUUAAGCAAAAAUUUUAAGUUCUCAGGACUGGCUUUUUGCUGACUCCAUAAGGGCCUUGACACACUGGGUGAUUGUCGCAGGUGACUAAUCUCCCCGCAAUGCCAUCCCACUGGCUAGAAUGUAAAUCACCGGUGGGAUGGCAUACGCGGCGCUGCGAUUUGCUGAAGUUUCCUUGAGACAAAACUUUGGCGACUUCGGCAAAUUGCGCCCUUAGUUUACAGUACCGUGAAACUCUAGGUACCCAAAAUUGCUUCCGACUGCACAGCCCACAGCUUUCCCUGUAACAAACCCUUUCUGAAUAUUUAGACGGAACCUCCUAUUAUAUGGUCCUUUUUAUACAUAGUUGUCACAUCCCCCAUUACACACCUCUUCUCCAACAUAAACAAACCCAACCUGGACAGUUUUUACCAGCUUAGUUGCUCUGUGUAUUGCAAUACGUUAAUCAGGCCAACUAUGUCCGUUCACCCCUGGUCUGGCCAGUAGUCCUGUGUGGGACCCACACCCACCCCAACUAAGCCUCAACCCAAGAUUUAGAAGGGAGUGGGUUCAGAAGAGAUAUAAGCCAGGGGCCUCUCCAGGGAUUAUGUCAUCUGAUACAUUACAAUUAUAUAGGCAAUUAUAUCUUUUGUAAUAUGUACAUAUGUAUAUUUGUAUAAACAAGGCAAUUAUGUAUUUUGUAAAAUGUACAUAUGUAUAUUUGUAUAAACAUAUAAAUGUUUGGUGUAUAUUUUCUACUUUUGCAAAAGAAUAAUGUAUAUUGUUAUUGUUAAAUACAGACACUUGGAAGUUUCUCAUUUUA